UGGAUUUCCACCACUGUCUUCCAUUUGUUGUUUCUCACCAUGUCCUGAAGUGAUAUCAAAGAAAUGUCCGUUUUGACUCAGUUCCUCCUCCUUCUUCUUCUUGUCAUUAAUUUGAUUGGCAGAGUACACAGAGUGGAUGGGAGUCAGGGUUUGUAGUUGCUGUGGCAACGGCCUGCUCUUUGUUAAAGGCUGCAUUCCUGGUAUGUGAUGUGUCUGCGCCGCGAUCGAUAGAAAGCCAACCUAUGAGCGAACCGGCGCUUUUGCCAGGCCAGCGAGCACCGGGCGGAGAAAAGGAGUUUGGUGGCAGAUGUGCAAAGGCGAUGACGGACAGAUGAAGCGGCGAUGGGGAGAUGCUCAGAUAGAGGGAGGGUCCCUUGAUCGUGAUGGUGGUCUAUAUGGGUGACAAGCUGUGCCGUGACAGAGGGCAACAAGGGUAAAAGAGAAAUGCUACACCCGGCCCAGAAUCACUGCCACCUCUUCCUGGGCGGGGCCUUGAUGCUUCUCCUGGCCAGCCCAGUUCUGAGCUGCCCCGCCCGAUGUGAGUGCUCCGCUCAGAGCAAGUCAGUUAGUUGCCACCGAAAGCGCCUGCCCAUCAUACCUGAAGGCAUCCCCAUUGAGACGCGUGUCCUGGACCUCAGUAAGAACAAGCUCCGUCUCAUCACACCUGACAACUUCUCUUCAUUCCAGCAGCUAGAGGACCUGGACCUCAGCGACAACCUCAUCAGCGUGGUAGAGCCUGGCUCCUUUCGCUCUCAGCUCGCUCUGCGUUCGCUCACCUUCCGCAGCAAUGUGCUCCAGCUGGUCCCUGCCGGGGUGCUGUCAGGGUUAACCAACCUCACCCGGCUGGACCUCAGCAGCAACAGACUGGUGGUUCUCCUGGAUCAUGCCUUUCAAGAUUUGCGGAGGUUGACAUCACUUGAGGUGGGUUAUAAUGAACUGGUUUUCAUCUCACAGCGGGCCUUCACGGGGUUGCUCUCACUCCAGAGUCUUACUUUGGAACGUUCUAAUUUGACUGUCGUCCCCACUGAGGCUCUGGCACAUCUGCACAGCCUGGUUGAACUGCGCAUGCGCCACUUGAGCAUUAGUUUUCUGAAGCCUUUCUCCUUUAAGAGGCUCUUGUGUCUCCGUCAACUGGAGAUCGAUUCUUGGCCCUGGCUGGACUCACUGCCACCCCUGUCACUGCACGGUGUCAACCUUACGACAUUGUUCAUAACCAACACUAACCUGUCUGCCUUCCCUGGCGCAGCAUUGCAUAAUGUGCCCUACCUCACACAUCUCAACCUGUCCUACUGUCGCAUCAAACACAUACAGCAGGGUGACCUGGGCCAACUUCUGCAUCUUGUGGAGCUCCGACUCCAAGGAGCUCAUUUGGUUUCCAUCGAAUCCUUUGCAUUUGUGGGCCUCAAAGCUUUGCAGCUACUGGAUGUGUCACAGAACCACCUUGACUCUCUAGAAAAGGGUGUGUUUGCCUCACCAGACAACCUCCACAGGCUUUGUCUGGGUGGAAACCCAUUAGUGUGUGACUGCCGUUUGCUUUGGCUGCUGAACAGCCACAAGCCUCCCGCUCUGCAGCUUCUGGAUGUCCAGCCUGAGUGCAGUGCCCCUGAGCACCUACUAGGGAAAACUCUCCGCGACCUCAAGGAACCUCUAGUUUCCAGGUACAUGACCUGCACCAAGCCACGGAUCGGACCAAACGCGACGCAACUGCUGAUGACCGAUGAGGGCCAGCCGGCCCGGUUGAGCUGCGUGGCAGAAGGAACACCUCGGCCUUCCGUGGUCUGGAUUACACCUCACAGACGUUACAUCACAGCCAAAAGCAGUGGGAGGGUGGAAGUCCAACCAGAUGGUACCCUGGAGAUCAAGGCAGCAGAGCUGCAUGACAGUGGAGUAUAUUUAUGCAUUGCCACUAACCCCGCUGGUAACGCCAGUCUGUCAGCUUCUUUAGCUGUGAAGAGUCUGGGCACUGGAGACAGAUCUCACUAUAGCAACAAAAGCUCAAACUAUCAGACAGACUCAAACAACACUUGGGGGAAUGGGACAGUACUGUACAACAUGACAAUCCCCAUAGACCUAAAGACUAUCAUUAUAUCUACCACCAUGGGCUGCCUGUCCUUCCUAGGUGUGGUCAUCUUCUGCUUCCUGGUCCUGUUUGCCUGGAGCCGAGGGAAAGGACGCCAUAAGAGCAGCUUCGACAUUGAGUAUGUCCCACGCAAAUCCAACGGGGCGUCGUCUGAGCUGACAGAAACAAGCGGGCCACGCCGGGUCAACAUGAAAAUGAUUUAAACUACACGGACAAAUCAUACAACCACAACAUCAACAACACGGUGUACACAUAUCAGCUGAAAUACAUUUUUUUUAAUGUCUACUGAAGAGAUGUAUAACAGCAUUAGGGCCACUACUGGGAAAAAAGACCUGCAUUUUAGAGGUUUAAGUUGAAAUAUUUAAAAAAAAAAAAUGUAUAUCACAAGAUUAAAGCUACAAUACUUUGAGAAAUACUGUUAGAAUUUGAUGAGGGUGUUGUCAUGCACAGCGGUUGAACUUCCCAUUUCAGAAGAGAUAGAAUCUUGUACCGUCUACUUAAUAGCAUGACGCCUGCUU